AUGUAUGGAAACAAUAUGUUUGAAAAUAGGAAUACAGAGAAUGAUUAUAUGAAUACAAAUAACAGCACGAUGGAUAUAGAUACAGAAUCUGGGGUUUACCUUGAUAAAGAAAGAAAGAAUCAAUUUGAUACAUAUCCAUUUAAUUUGAAACAAAAUAAGUCAGUAAUUUUAAAAAGGAUGAGAAGAAGGAAUAAAUAUGAAAAUAUUGAUUUGCUAGAGAAAUAUAUUAAUAUUAACAAUGCUACAAAUGUAUGUUCAUUACGAAUAAAAUUAUGGGAAGCUCUUAUGCUUUAUGUUAAUAAAGUAAAUGUUGAAUUAAUUUAUUUUAUAAUAAAUUGUUUAGAAGAAAUAGAAGUAUAUUGGGGUGAAGAAGCGAAAAAUGCUUUACAAGACAUAAUAAGCUUAAUAAAUGACAAAAAAUAUAAAGAAGUUUCAAAUAAGAUUGGAGAAAUAUUAUCAAGUUUAUCAGUAACAAGCGGGAAAGUAAAUGACGAUAGUCAAUUUUUUUACACAUUGAUAGUGUCAGGUAAAAGAGAAGAAUAUCAUAAUAAUAACUUGAACAUUAACAAUAAUAAUAUAAACAUGAAUACUAAUAACAAUUAUAAUAGUAAUAAUAAUAAUAGCAAUUAUUUCAAUUCUGACUUAUCAUGUGAAUUAAAUAAAUUUUUACAGUAUGAGCAAAACCGAUUUUCAAAUCAAAAUAAUAAUAAAAAAUUAGAAUAUAAAAUAGUUGAAGUAAAUAAUGCAAAAGAAGCAUUAUUAGCUUGUCUAAUAAAUCCACAAAUUUUAUCUGUAGUAUUAGUAGACAAUUUAAUAAUAGAUGAUGAAACAAAAAAUGAUAGUAAUAAUAACAACAAUCUAUUUUUUAAUUUUAAUGAUAACAAUUCAUUAAAUAAAAAUUAUAUAAUGAAUUAUAAUAUGCCAAAUAAUUUUAAAGCAAAACAAAAUAUGUGCUAUAACAAUGUUAUGAAUAACGGGGGUAUAUCAUGUGGUGCAAGUAACAAUGAUCACACAAAGAUGAGUGAAAAAAAAUCAAGAAAUAGCCGAGAUGGCAUAAAUAGCAACGAUGGUGAAACUACUAGCAACAAUUGUAUUAAUAGAGACGAAACUAGAAGUGAUGAUAGAAGCAGCAAUAGCAGUAGAUGGAAUAGUGCCCGAAACAACACAUCUAAUAUUGGAGACAAAAAUUUGACGAGAAAUCGUAUUUUUUUAAAAAAUGACUACAAGUUCGAUAUCGGUGAUUUUGUGUUAGGUUAUGAUCAAUUGGUAUCUGCUCCUUUAGAAAAAAUGAAAAAGGGAUAUAAUAGUUUAGUAAUAUUAAUUAAAAGUAUAGCUUAUAUUAGAAGUUCUGUAGAUAUAUUUUGUGUUUGUACAUCUAUAACAUUAGAUAAAUUAAGAUCUGUAAAUAAUAAAAUAAUAAGAAUUUUUACAACACAUGAUGAUCAUAGUGAUUUGCAUGAGUCUAUAUUAGAUGGAGUAAAAAAAAAAAUAAAAACGCCAUUUUUUAAUGCGCUAAAAUUAUAUGCAGAAAGACCUAUAGGUGUAUUUCACGCAUUAGCUAUAAGUAAAGGCAAUAGUGUAAGAAGGAGCAGAUGGAUACAAUCUUUACUCGAUUUUUAUGGGGUUAAUUUAUUUAAAGCUGAAUCUAGUGCAACUUGUGGUGGUUUAGAUUCCCUUUUAGAUCCACAUGGAUCAUUAAAGGAAGCACAGAUAAUGGCUGCAAGGGCAUAUGGUAGUAAAUAUUGCUUUUUCGUUACUAAUGGUACAUCUAGCUCUAAUAAAAUUGUUAUGCAAGCAUUAGUUAAACCAGGGGAUAUAAUAUUAGUUGAUAGAGCAUGCCACAAAUCACAUCAUUAUGGAUUUGUUUUAUGCCAAGCAUUACCUUGUUAUUUAGAUCCAUACCCAAUAUCUCGAUACGGAAUAUAUGGUGCAAUACCGAUAUAUGUAAUUAAAAAGACCUUACUAGAAUAUAGGAAUAGUAAUAAAUUGCAUCUUGUAAAAAUGAUAAUAUUGACAAAUUGCACAUUUGAUGGAAUCGUUUACAAUGUAAAAAGAGUUAUGGAAGAGUGCUUAGCGAUUAAAUCGGAUUUGAUAUUUUUAUUUGAUGAAGCAUGGUUUGCUUAUGCUUGUUUCCACCCAAUUCUAAAAUUUAGAACAGCUAUGGCUGUAGCUGAAAAAAUGAGAAGUAAAGAACAUAAAAAAUUAUAUUAUAAAAUACAUAACAAAUUGUUAAAAAAAUUUGGUAAUGUAAAAAGUCUAAAUGAUGUACCCAGUGAUACAUUACUUAAAACGCGAUUAUAUCCAAAUCCUGCAGAAUAUAAAGUCAGAGUAUAUGCAACUCAAUCGAUACACAAAUCGUUGACAUCCUUAAGACAGGGCAGUGUCAUAUUAAUAAGUGAUGAUAAUUUUGAAUCUGAUGCAUAUACACCUUUUAAAGAAGCAUAUUAUACGCAUAUGUCAACAUCCCCUAAUUAUCAGAUUUUAGCAACUUUAGAUGCAGGACGGGCUCAGAUGGAAUUAGAAGGAUAUGGGUUAGUAGAAAAACAAGUAGAAGCAGCAUUUUUAAUAAGGCGUGAAUUAAGUGAAGAUCCUAUGAUAUCUAGAUAUUUUAGAAUUUUGAAUGAGGAUGAUUUAAUACCUGAUAGUUUGAGGCAAUGUUGCAUUGCUUAUAUGAAUGCUGGAAAUACAAAUAGGAGAAAUGGAAAAAAAAAGCACAAUCACAGAAAAAAAACAAAAAAAGGCAAGAAAAAUAGAGAUCACGAAAAAGAAAGUGAUAAUGAUAGAAAUCAACAUGAUGAAAUAAACACCCAGAAGCAAUUUCUCAUGGAUCAUGAUUCCUACAGUUCCAGAUAUAACAGUGCCAAUGCCAGUUAUUCUUGUAUUUCUAGUAAGCACGCUAAAGGAGGUAUGUCAGAACCGCUUGGAAAUAUGAAAUGCAAUGCACAUAGGAAUAAUUCAAAUAACAUUCCACCAUCUGAAUGCAUUAAUCAAGGAUAUGUGGGAAAUACUUAUAUGAAAAACAAACUUGGAAAUAAUGUAUGCCCCUCUAAUGAUUUGCCUAAUAAUGGAAUAAUAUCUAAUAGAAAUAACGGCGAAAAUGAAAUGAAUAAUUUCAAGAAAUGUAAUGAUAAAAAUGACGAAAGGAACAUAAAUGGUGAAGAUACAAUAAAUUGUACAUCAAAUUUCGAAAAUGAGCAAUACAAAGAUAGAAAAAUGGGAAAUGAAGUUGAGAAAACAACGAACAAAAAGAGUAUAAAUAAAAAAAAUGAAAGUUAUAAAUAUAUAAAUUCAAUAACAAAUGAUAGUAGUAGCAAUUGUGAUGAAAAUACCGUAAAAUGUGUGUGCGCAGAUUGUAUAAAGAAUGAAAAUAUUGAUAAGGUUAAUGACGAAACUCGUAGUAGAUGCAGUGACAGUGAAAGUAGUGAUGACUGCGAUGAAAUUGAUAUAUAUGAUAAAGAUAAAUUAUGUAGCAAAUCAAAUAGUAUUAAUAAUUUUCUGGAAUAUUUUGAAUGUUCUUGGUUAAGUGAAGAUGAAUUUGUUUUAGACCCAACAAGAAUAACGCUAUUUACUGGAUAUUCCGGAAUUGACGGUGAUACAUUUAAAGUAAAAUGGCUAAUGGACAAAUAUGGAAUACAAAUAAAUAAGACGUCUAUUAAUAGUGUAUUAUUUCAGACAAAUAUUGGUACCACUGGUUCUUCAUGCUUAUUUUUGAAAAGUUGUUUAUCUUUAAUUUCUCAAGAAUUAGAUCAAAAAAAAACAUUAUUUAAUGAAAGAGAUUUGAAUCACUUUAAUGAAAGUGUAUAUAACUUAGUUUAUAAUUACAUUGAAUUAUCUCAGUUUAGUGAUUUUCAUCCUUUGUUCAAAAAAAAGUAUAAGGAUUCGAAUGGUAAAGAUAGUAAUAUUUUUAAUAGAGAAGGUGAUUUGAGAAAAGCUUUUUAUCUAGCUUAUGAAGAAGAUUAUGUAGAAUAUAUAUUAAUGGCAGAUUUAAAAGAACGAGUGAAGCAUAAUGAAAUGGUAGUGUCAGCUAGCUUUAUUAUUCCUUACCCUCCUGGUUUUCCUGUAUUAGUACCAGGGCAAAUAAUUAGCAAUGAAAUAUUAAAUUAUUUAUCGGGGCUUAGUGUUAAAGAAAUACAUGGAUAUGAUGAAAAUAUUGGUUUUAGAUGUUUUUACAAUUUUAUUUUAAAUUAUUUUGACAAUGUUAUUAUUUCAGAUCCAUAUGGAUAUUAUCAAAAAAUAGAUAAAAAGCUUUAUGAUAAAUUAAAACAUGAAAGUUUAAGACAAGAAAAACAAAAAAAUAUAGAAAAUUCAUAUUAUAUAUAUGUAUAUGAUAAUCAAAAAAAUAGAAUGAAAAAGUUAUAUUUAUUUAAUGGAAAUACUAACUCAUCUGAUAAAUCAAUUAUUGCUGAUAAUUUUAUGGAUGAUGAGGGUGCAAGCUAUAGUAUAGUUUGUUCUGAUGCAAAUAAUGGAACUGCUUUUACAAAUAAUAAUACUUUCUCUCUUGUUAAUAGUAACAAUAUGAGAAAAAAUACUAGAUCUCAUUCAAAAAACAUAAAUAAUAACGUGACUAGCGAAAUACAUUAUCGUGAUAAUGAUGAAGAUAUGUACAAAGGAGAUAAUAAGAAUAUAAAUAUCAUUCCCCCAAAUUUUAUCUCUACGAAAAAUAAAAUGAAUAAUGAGCAAGAAAGCUUUUGCAAAACCGGCUUUAAUCAAAAUGUGGGAAAAAAUUAUGAUGAGAAAAAUAUUGAUAGUAUAAAUUUUACAAAAACUCUGGAUAAUGAUGAAAGUUCUACAAAAAAUAAUCUGGACAAUAUGCAUUUAGCUAGCGAAAAGAAAAAAAUAUAUGGGCAUGUUUUAAAAAAGAAUUCCAAUAAAAAAUAUGUCCUAAAAGGAAAAGAAAUAAAAAGACAUUAUUGCAUAUCAAAUGAAAAGAAAAAUAAUAAAUAUAAUAUGCUUUUAACGAAAAUGAAAAAUGAUGGUUCUGAAAUUCCGAAAAAUGAAAUGUGUUUAAACAAUAAUUCUUUUACGAAUAUGCAGAAUCAUGAUUUUGAUCAUAAAACAAAUCGGUUAAUUCGAGAAAAUUAUUUCCAUGACAAUACUUAUAAAAAAUCAGAACAAAAUAAUAACGAUUUUGAUUCGCAGGUAAAUAUGAAAAGAGAAGAUCAUUAUAGUGUUAAUGCUGAUAACAAUAUAGAAACGGCUAGCACGCAUUAUAACAAAAUAAAUAUCUGUAAUAAUGAAGAGAGUAAAAACCCAGAAAAUAUGGGCAACCACACAAAAAGCGAAUUUGGAAAUGCUCAGAAAAUUUCUAAAAACAUAAAUUGUUGUCCAAAUAAUAGGCAUAGUAGUUGCUUGACAAAUGAAAGCAAAGAAUAUUUUAAUAAAAUGAGUGAAUAUAUGCAAGGUAAUCAUCAAAACACAAAUACAAACUCCUUAUUAGACAUGCAUUAUAUGAAAAAAUUUUCUAAGUUUAAUAAAAGUGACGAUGGAAAAUACAACAAAAAAAGUAACUCAUAUUGCUUAAAUAAAAAAAUGAAUACAUCUAAUAUAAUAAUGGAUAGGAAAAUAACAAAAAAUGAUUUGUUAGUAGAAUAUAGAAAUGGUUUAAAUGGAAACGAUGAAAAACUGAAUAAUGACAGGGCAUUGAAUAAUUAUGUAAGGGGUAGUGGAAGGGAAAAAGGAAAUUAUUCGGAUUAUUCAAAUUCAAGCAAAAGAUUAAAUAAAACUACAUAUACAAAACGUGAUGGUGAAAAUAUCCAAAAAGAAAUGAAUAAUGUUACUAAUGAAAGUUCAUAUGGGCCUAGCAACAAAUUGCUAAAUAUAAAUAAUAGCUGUUUUAACAGGCAUGAGGAAAAUUAUAAUAAUGAUAACGAAAAGGAAAAUUGCGAUGAUGCUUCUACUAAUUAUGUAACUAAAGAUAUGCAAGAAAUGAACGAAGGAAAUGUAAAUACAAACAAUUAUUCAAAUUGUAAUUGCACAAAUAAUGACGAAACUGAAAAUAAUCGAAAUUGUAACAAUAUAAAAUGUGGGCAAAAUAAUAACCGAAAUCAAAGCAACACAUUAUGUUGUAUGCAAGAUGGUGAAUGUAAACAUGUGGAUGGUAAUAGUAAUAUAGGGCAUGUAAAUAUUAGCAAUGUGCAGGUAAAAAACGAAAUAAAAUUAUGUGUUAAUAAUUUUCAUAUUAACGAAAAUGAUAUGCAAGUAAACUCGAUAAUUGUAGAAAAGGACACUGAUAAAAAUUCCAUCAGGAAAUUAAAUACUUUAAAUAACAAUAGCUAUAUCAAUAAUCUUAUAACAAAUGUUGACGAUGAUACAUAUAUUCAUAAGGAAGGAAAUUUUUUUUUAGAAUGUGCGUUAACAAAUUCAGAAAUUAAUUGUAGUUCUUUUGAUAUGGAUAUAUCAUUAAAUAAUGCAUAUGGUAACGAAGGUAAUAAUGACACUAAGGAAUGCAGAAAUUAUGAAGGGGAUAAAAAAAAUAAUUUUUGA